CACCUGUCUACUCUGUGAUGAAACUGAAGCAAUGUACUGAGUGUAGAUGAGAGUAAUGAACUAAACUCUCAUCAGGCUUUUAUCGAUCCAAUACCAAUACAGAUGUCGGUAUGGAUUCUAUGGAUAUUAUGAAAAGUUUUGUAAAUGCUACCUGCAACCUUCUGAUUCUUCUGACAUGAAACUUUAAAUGGCAGCUACCAAAAGAACCUUAUAAACUUAAUCUUUUACUUCAAUUAUACUGAAUCAUGAGGCAUUUUCUUCUCUCUCCAGGGAAAUCUGUAAAAACUCCACACGAGUCUUCCAGGCUUCAUGAUCCUCCUUUCUAUUUCCAUCUUCUGGCUCUCUGUCUGUGUGUACCCCAUCAGUGCAGAUCCUCACAUUACUGUAGAAGCUCAUGUGGGUUCCACAGCUCUCCUGCCAUGUAGCCUGAGUAAAGACUUCAGCAAAACUCCACAUGUUCGGUGGCGUGCUGAUAAUGAGUUUGUGUUUGAGAGAAGCUUCGAUGGUACACAUGAGGGUCCAGGAUAUAAAGGACGUGUGGACGUUCCUGAGGACGAGCUGCGUAAAGGAAACUGUUCUCUGGUGUUGAAGGACGUCAGAAUCACUGAUCACGUUUUCUACAGGUCCUUUGUGAUGGAACAUGUGGAGGCUACAAAUACUAACAAAAUACAAGAAAUCAACAGAGUUCAACUCAAUGUUUACAGUCAGAGAGUAUCAGCUCAGGUGGGAUCCACAGCAGUGCUGCCAUGUGACUGGAAACAUCUGUCCAUCCAAACACCUCAUGUUGAGUGGCGUAUUGGUGAUGAGAUUGUGUUUGAGCGACUGGGUAAAGAGUCAUUUCAGGGUGAAGGAUAUGAGGGACGUGUGGACGUUCCUGAGGAGGAGCUGCUUAAAGGAAACUGUUCCCUGGUGUUGAAGAACGUCAGUGUUACUGAUGAAACUCUGUACAGCAGCUACAUUUUAAUGACGGACACAAAGAAACCUGUGUUGGUCCAGAACAUUAAACUCUCAGUCAGGGAAUUAUCUGAAGAGAGGAAAGAUGAUUCAUCAGCUCCCUCAGGUGAAGCUGAUGGAAUGAACCUGCUGAUCAUCAUCACUGUUUGCAUCAUGUGUUCAGUUCUUCUCAUAUUUAUUGCAAUUUUCAUAUGGAUGAAAUAUCGCAGGAGCUCCAGUUAACAGAAUAAUAGAAAUGAGGAAGAUCUUUGAGUAAAUUUGAGUAAAGUCAAGAGUUUGAAUAAAAGACAGGAGGUGGGGUUGAAAGUAGCAAAUCUGAAGAUGUUCAAAUGUUCACUGGGAGGAUGGAAAGGAUUAGAAAUUAGUUUAAUAGAGUGAAAGAGCAUGUAGGACAUUUUGGAGACAAGGUGAGGGAGGUGAUAUUGAGAUGGUUUGGACAUGUGCAGAGAAGGGACAUGGGGUAUAUCA